UCAGGGACAGGACUGAACGCCAAAAUGAGCAAAAUCAUCUUCUACGAGGACAAGAACUUCCAGGGUCGCUCCUAUGAGACCAGCACAGACUGUUCUGAGCUGACCUCCUAUCUGAGCCGCUGCAAUUCCUGCAGGGUGGAGAAUGGCUUCUUCAUGCUCUACGAACAUCCCAACUACAUGGGCCACCAGAUGCUGGUCAAGAGGGGCGAGUACCCUGACAAUCAGCGCCUGAUGGGAGUGAGCACAAGUGACUGCAUCCGGUCCUGCCGCAUGAUUCCUAUGCAUAGAGGCCAGUUCAGGAUGAGGAUCUAUGAGAAGGAAAACUUUGGAGGUCAGAGUCAUGAGCUGAUGGACGACUGCGACUCAGUCCAAGAUCGUUAUCGUAUGUCCGACUGCCAGUCUGCUCAAGUGAUGGACGGCCACUGGCUGAUGUACGAGCAGCCCCACUACAGAGGCAGGAUGAUGUACUUCAGGCCUGGAGAGUACAGGAACUUCAAAGACAUUGGGAUGAGUCCCUUCAACAUGAUUGGAUCCAUCCGUCGUAUCACAGACUCCUGUUAGAAAACCAAACAGGCUCCAGAUAUGAUAAUGUAAUCAACAAAUAAUAAUAAAGAAUUUAUACAUUGA